CAGAGGAGCUACGCAGAGGAGGCGCGCUGCGGUCGCUCCGGAACAUCCUCCAGAUGUCCACACAAGGACAAGAGUCUGCGCGUCUUUGUUGUCCUGCAGGUGGACAUGUUUGAUCCGUGCGUAAAGACGCGCUGAACUUUUUUUUUUUUAAAGUUUCUUUUUCGCUUAAAAACAAAAACAUCAGCAGAAAGAUGUUGGCGAGAAAAAGCAUCAUCCCGGAGGAGUUCGGUCUGCCGGGGCUCGUCUCCCGCAUUCCCCGCAAGCCGGUGUUCAGGGACCGCGUGAACAAAGCGCGCUUCAUCGCCAAAAACGGCUCGUGCAACCUGGCGCACAAGAACAUCCGCGAGCAAGGCCGAUUCCUGCAGGACGUGUUCACCACGCUCGUGGACCUGAAAUGGCGCUUCACGCUCGUGAUCUUCACCACCACGUUUGUCAGCAGUUGGCUGCUGUUCGCCAUGAGCUGGUGGCUCGUGGCGUUUGCGCACGGAGACCUGGACCCGGUGCGGCAGAACCGGACCCACUGCGUCACCGACGUCAAGUCGUUCACUUCGGCGUUCCUGUUCUCCAUCGAGGUUCAGGUGACCAUCGGCUUCGGAGGACGGAUGAUCACAGAACAGUGUCCCACCGCCAUCACCGUCCUCAUCAUGCAGAACAUCAUAGGACUCAUCAUCAACGCCGUCAUGCUGGGUUGUAUCUUCAUGAAGACGGCUCAGUCAAACCGCCGAGCGGAGACUCUGAUCUUCAGCCGCCACGCCGUGAUCGCCGUCAGAAACAACCGUCUGUGUUUCAUGAUUCGUAUCGGAGAUCUGAGGAAGAGCAUGAUCAUCGGAGCCACCGUCAGGUUACAGGUGUGCGUCCACUUCAGUCCGUGU